AACCAAUCAAAACUAAUAAUACAUCAACCAUUAGAAGUAUAUAAAUGUGACUAAUAUGAUGAAUGAUUUACUCUUAUUUUAAAUCAAAUUUAACAAAAUUUCUGAUUAAAAAAUAAUACUUUGUAUUUUAAAGUACUAGACCCAAUGAAAAGAAUUUUCUUUGUACUUUACGUGGUCCUCGGAUCAUCUUUUAUCGAGUGUAAAUUUAAAGUUCAAAGUGGAACGUUUUUAAAAACUUAUUCAGCUUAUUCUAAUGGAAAUAAUAAAGGAAUUUUAAAAUCUUUUAAUUUUUUUCAAUGUCUUCUUCGAUGUUUGAGAAAAGAAGAAUCGUGUCGUGCUUGGCAAUUGAUGAAGGAUAAUGAAGAGUGUCGAUUACAAAUUGAUCAAGAAAUUAUAGAAAAUGGAAUAAUUCUAGAAAGAUACGAAAGAUUAAUUACUUGCAAUAAUCCUCGUUGUUUGAAUGGUGGAGUAUGUAAAAAUAUAACACCUAAUACUUCUUCUUCGGCAUAUCGUUGCGAAUGUCGAUGUGGUUCUUGUGGAAAAAAUUGCGAAAAUUUAAACUUCAUUCGCAAAGCACAGACUGCAAUUGCUGGUAAGAAUCUACAAGAAAAAACAAAUACGAGUUCGGAAGAUUGCAUACGUUUAUGUUUAAAUAAUUCCAAUUGUAAAUCUGUAGAUUAUAAUCGAAAAGAUAUGACAUGUUACUUGAAUAAAGCAACUCACGAAAAUGAAUCGACGGAAGUGUUUUCGGAUUUUGAUUAUUAUUAUCCUAAUUGUACUUGCCCUCUCGAUUAA